UUUGAACAUAGUAAGUUUUACAUUCCUGUCGGUUUCAUUUGCUUUCUGCUGUCUCUCUGUGUUUCAGUAGGCUCGCUGACUGAUAAGCAAGGCGGAUUACCGGAAUUAUGAGCCAAGUGGAGGUCUUGGAUUAUUGCGUUUACAGAGAUCCCAAUGCAGCAGUGGAGGCUCGCAUCAAAGACCUGCUGUCUCGAAUGACAUUGGAAGAGAAGGUCGGCCAGAUGACGAUGAUUGAGCGCCGUGUCGCCACCCACGACGCCAUUAAAGACUUUUCCAUUGGAGGCAUGAUGAGUGCUGCUGGGAGUGGACCCUUCGGGAAAGUGAAAACAAAGUCGUCGGAUUGGGCCGAUAUGGUUGACAGGUUUCAGAAGUCGGCGCUUGAUUCACGGCUAGGGAUACCUUUAAUAUAUGGGAUUGAUGCGAUUCAUGGUAACAAUAGUAUCUAUGGUGCCACCAUAUUUCCUCAUAAUGUUGGCCUUGGAGCUACAAGGGAUGCAGAUUUGGCUCGAAAGAUUGGGGAAGCAACGGCACUUGAAGUUAGAGCUAGCGGCAUUAACUAUACUUUUGCUCCUUGUGUGGCUGUUUCAAGGGAUCCCAGAUGGGGGAGGUGCUAUGAAAGUUACAGUGAAGACGCUGGAAUUGUUAGAAAGAUGACUUCCAUUGUCACGGGCCUGCAGGGCCAGCCGCCCCCGAAACACCCAAAGGGCUACCCUUUUGUGGCUGGGAGAAACAAUGUUAUUGCUUGUGCAAAGCAUUUUGUAGGGGAUGGGGGUACGGAAGGAGGAAUAAAUGAGGGGAAUACCAUAUUAUCAUACGAGGAAUUAGAAAGGAUACAUAUGGCACCUUAUCUGGACUGUAUUUCUCGGGGAGUUUCCACUAUUAUGGCAUCCUUCUCUAGCUGGAAUGGGCGUAAACUGCAUGCUGACCAUUUUCUCUUGACAGAAAUUUUAAAAGAUAAGCUCGGUUUUAAGGGUGUUGUAAUUUCUGACUGGAGAGGACUUGAGAAACUUAGCGAACCUCGUGGCUCAAACUAUCGUUACUGUAUUUCCUCUGCUAUUAAUGCUGGAAUAGACAUGGUGAUGGUGCCUUACAGAUACGAACUGUUUGUGGGGGAUUUGACAUUUCUAGUUGAAUCAGGGGAGAUACAAAUGUCAAGGAUCGAUGAUGCUGUUGAACGGAUACUUAGAGUGAAGUUUGCUGCCAGUCUUUUUGAAUUUCCUUUCGCGAAUAGAUCUGUGCUUGAUACAGUUGGAUGCAAGCUGCACAGAGAUUUAGCACGUGAAGCAGUCCGCAAGUCUUUGGUUCUUUUGAAAAAUGGAAAGGAUCUGAAGAACCCUUUUCUUCCAUUGGAUAGAAAUGCGAAAAGAAUUCUUGUUGCUGGGACACAUGCUGAUGAUAUUGGAUAUCAGUGUGGUGGGUGGACAGCUGAUUGGAAAGGAAGCAGCGGCAACAUUGCAAUUGGCACAACUAUCUUGGAUGCAAUUAAAGAAGCAGUUGGAAAUGAAACAGAAGUAGUUUAUGAGCAAUAUCCAUCGGCAGACACCUUAGCACGUCGGGAUUUCUCUUAUGCAAUUGUAGCUGUUGGGGAAGAACCCUAUGCAGAGAAACUUGGUGACAAUUCGGAACUUGUAAUCCCUUUUAAUGGAGCUGACUUAUUAAGUUCAGUUGCUGGCUGUAUCCCCACAUUGGCAAUUCUGGUAUCUGGAAGACCCUUAGUUCUUGAGCCAUGGCUUUUGGAGAAGAUAGAUGCUCUGAUUGCUGCUUGGUUGCCUGGAAGUGAAGGAGGAGGAAUUGCGGAUGUUGUCUUUGGGGAUCAUGACUUUGAGGGCAGACUGCCAGUGACAUGGUUUAAAAGGGUCGAGCAGCUGCCCUUGCAUGCUGAAAUGAAUGCAUGCGACCCUCUAUUCUCACUAGGCUUUGGGUUGACAUGCAACAAGGAGAAAUCUCCGAACUGAUAAAGUUGGUUCAUAUAUAUAUAUAUAGUUCCUCUGAGUCACUUAAAGCAGAAGCAGUGCUUCAGUUGGCUCAUGUAUAGAUUUUUUCACUGGUAUGACAACAAUGUUGUAUGUACUCUUUUCUGUAUUUCCAAUGGCUUCUAGUUCUAGUUAUUGCCCUGUGAACAGCACAUGGGAUGCCUUUUGUGGAAGAUGGUUUGUGGUUUGUUGAAUAAGACUUGAGCAGUUUGGCCAUGCUCAUCUGUUUAUAUAUGGGAGGAGGAUGGACUCUUCAUGCUAA